GCUCCUCAGAGCGCUCCACGUUCCCUCAUAAAUCCAGCCGGGAGCGGCGGAAUUAAUCCGCCUGAAAAUGGCGGGAUGGAGCCUAAACCCCCUGGGAUUCAGCCUAAAAAUCUCCCGAAUCCAAUCUGGUGCUUCCCAUGGAUUGGGGCGGUACUGGUGAUGGGCGGGACGGUGAUGUCAGUCCCUCUGGCUCCGGCCGUUUCCGGCGCCUCCCGAUCCCGCUCGGGCAUUUCCGCGAGCGCCGCCGCCGGGGCCGGUUCUGGGCCGGGACCGGCGCCUGUCCCGGGACUCCUUCGCCACCGGAGCGUCCCCAAGGUGUCCCCAGAGCGUCCCUGCCGGGUCACCAGUGAGCAUGGAGAACCAAAAGUCGCUGAAGGCGCUGGUGGCCGUGGUGGCCACCCUGGGCGAGGUGGUGGCCGCUGUGACCGGGUCACACAGGGACGUGCGGCGGCGCGUGUCCCCAAAGUUCCUGCACGCCGCCCUGAGGAGAUUCACCCAGAGCCUCCAUGAGACCCUGGACCACGGCGAUGUCACCUCCAUGGGCCACUCCGGUGUCCCCUCCCUGGUCCAGGCCCUGGCUGCCUUUGAACCCACCCCAGAGGCCUGGGAUGAUGUGAGAGCCGUGGCCAAGGCCUGGUGGGAGUUGGUGGCCGCGCUGGAGGAGAGAUGGAAACUCCUGGCCUGGGAGGCUGCUGAGCUCUGUGUUGUCUAUGAGCAAAUGGAUCCCGCCCGAGCCAGGGACCCACAGGACGAGGCCACCCACCGGGGGACAGCUUGGGACAACCUGGUGGCCUCCACGGUCCGGUGGUCGAUGGUGGCCCUGGAUAGGGAGGAGGAGGAGGAGGUGGCCUCAGUGGGGGCCAUGCGCGAUGCCCAGGAGGCAGCGGCUACCAGCGAGGAGGAAGCGGCCACCAAUGAGGCCAUGGACGAGGCUGUGGUGGCCACCAGCCGGGCAAGGGUGGCCACCAGGAGGGGACAUUGGGCAGAGGCAGCCCUGAAGCCGCUGAAGCGCUUGGUGGAAGCGUGUGACAAAGCCUUGGCGUUCACCAGGAUCAUGGAGUUCUACCUCUCGGAGAUCAAGUUCAUCCUGAAGUGGGGAGAGCCGGCGUCCCGCAGUGUUCACGCAGACUUGGUGGCCACGGUGGCCGAGUUUGAGUGGCUGUGGGAGGCCAGCGCCCGCCUGUUCAGGGAUCAUCUGCUGGGGAUACUUGAGCUCAUUAACAACCUCCUCUUGAGUCCCUAUGCUGGCCCAGGUGUCCCGGGUGGCCCAGGUGGCCCCGGCAGCCGCGCAGUGGCCGAGAGGUGCCAAGAAGCCAUUGAGGACAUCCCGAGGCUGCUGUGGGGACAGUGAUGUCACCACUGUGAUGUCAUUGGGGCAGUGAUGUCACUGGGGAGACUUGUGGAUACUCAGUUGCCACCAGCUCCUGGGGUCACCAAGAGCCUGUAGUAUAUGGUAGAGUUAAUUCAUGCUAUAGAUAUAGAUAUAUGUGUGUAUAAAAUAUUGCAAAGAUUCGAAACUU